AUGUACAGUUCAACUUCGACCUCUACGCCUUUUUCUGUCAAGGAUAUUUUGAAGCUGGAGCACCACCAUGACUUUGAAAAUGAAUUUCUGAUGACUGAUCAAGUUGUUCCGAUGCAUCAUCAGCACAUGCACGCCGCGUCCCGGAGCGGGGACUUCUAUGACGGCCAGCCAGAACCGUGCGUCUCCGGGAUGCAGGAGAAGCUGCACCCAGAAAAUACUCACUACUCAGCAGCAGAAGAGGAGAUAAAUGAGCAGGAGAUGAGCGGUCCUGACAGUUCGCCUGACUGCGGCAAAGACGCAAAAAGCAGACCUAGGCUGCGCAGGAAGCCCCGGGUGCUCUUCUCUCAGUCCCAGGUGUCUGAGCUGGAGAGGCGCUUCCGACAGCAGCGCUACCUGUCCGCCCCGGAGAGAGAGCACCUGGCCCACAUCCUCCAACUCACCUCCACCCAGGUCAAAAUCUGGUUUCAGAACAGGAGGUACAAAUGCAAGCGUCAGAGGCAGGACAAGUCUCUGGAGCUGGCGGGUUAUCCAGCUGCACCGAGGAGGGUGGCGGUGCCGGUGCUGGUGCGGGACGGGAAGCUCUGCAGCGCAGGUUCACAUUCAUCACCUUACAACGUGGCUCUCGGACAUUAUAAUCCCGUGUUUGGAUACGGAAACGGCAGCGUGUAUGGCUGCAGUUAUCACAGCGUGUCUCCUACAGCCAAUAUGACCGCGGCACACAUGUCUAAUAACCAGCUGCUUGAUUUAACAGGCAGCAGUGAGGGGCCCUUCAGCCAUGGACACUUUCAGGCUUCAUUACAGGGUGUGAGGGGCUGGUGA